CUUCCGCUCUUUCGCUCUUUACGGCCAUCAAAAGAGAUUUGGGGCGGCGCGAGCUGGUGCGCCGUGCGACACACAUUCUGCGCCGCCGAGUCCUUGGGUCCCCGAAGCAUUCGCAGCAGCAGCAGAAGCGGAUUCGCAUUCGGAACUCUGUUUCAGAGUGAAUUUGCAACUCGAGAGUGACGGCACGACGGCGGCUAACGGAACAAGGCUCGGAUUUUCCGUGAAAGUGACUCGAGUGUGAAAUGAUAUUUUAAGAAACAAAGCGAAUCAGGCCAGAGCCAAAGUGCAAACAAAACGAAAAGUGUUCAGCAGCAAACAUCGCACCCACAAAAGGAUCGGGGCCCAAGGAGCCACAGACUGCACUCCAAUGCAGUCCCCACUGUAGCCCAGAGCAAAGAAUUUCCUUUCUUCGCCCAAACUGAAGCAAUUAACUGAAAAUGUAGCAGUGGCAAGAACAUGGCCCAACUGGAACACCAAAUGCCAUGCGAUGCAACUAGCAUAAAUAAACUGAAAGGAUUCCGUGAUUAGGACGUGUUGUACCCUAACGCUCUAAAUGCAGACGAUAUGGGCACAACAUGGCCUCAGCACAGAUACGACAUUUCUAUAACACACCAACAACAAUUUCUUCAACAACAACGACACGACAACUCUUACAACAAACACUGCAGCAGCAGCAGCACACGAACAACUGCAACAGGAACAAACGGAAGCAAUUUCAAAGCGAAACCUUUUUAUGCCACACAAAAACACAAAGAGAACCGGAGGCAGCAGCAGCAGCAAAAGCAAAAACAGCAACAUUAUGCCAGCCAGCAGAAGCAGGAAAAGGAGCAACAACAACAGCAGCAGCAGCAGCAGCAGCAGAGGCCGGGGGAGCUGCAACAGAUGAUGCACGAGCGUGGGAAAGUCAUAAAGGUGCAUCAGCCUGGCAAUGGACCACACCUGAGAUCGCUGCCACAAGCCACAAUCACGGAAUGCUGUCCGCAGCUGGCCGCCGGCAAGGACAGCCACAUCCUCUGGCAUUCGGCGGCAGGACACAUGAGGACGCUGCUACCACUCCUGCUACUGCUGCUACUGCAGCUAAACAGCAGCCAUGCCUGGCUCUGGCUGCUGUGGCCGCCUCUACAGGGACUUCUAAGCAGGCUGGCCUCAGCAGCAACACGACCGGUCCUCGCCUAUCACGCUUAUCUUCCAAUGCCAGUCAAGACUCUACGAAACCACAACGAAAGCUCCUCCAUCAAGAUGGGGCCUCGAACAGCACCAGCCCUGGCGAGAAGGCGGACACUCACAGUCCUCCUGCCCCAGUCAGCAUCUUCAUGGAUAUGCAGAAGUUUGCACGCUCUAUAUUUCCGCUUGUUAUCAUCUUCAAUCUGCUGCCCUUGUUCUAUGCAGAGUGUGAUCAGACAUUUGUGUCGCGGAUUGGUGGGCCACAGAAUGGCACCUUCUCGGCCCCGCUGCUGCACAACCAUCGCAAUCAUUCGCGCCAAUGCCUCUACACUUUCCUAGCAGGACCUGGCCAGCGCGUCGAAGUAGUUUUUAAAUCGUUUAGUUUAAGAGGAAGUCCACCAGACGGUUCGGCCGUCGGUGAAUUACCAAGCUGUGUUCAUGAGUACAUGGAUAUUUACUCGGAGGUGCAAUCGUCGGAGCCUGCGGAGCUUAUCAAUUCCCCAUUCGGUGGUCGGUACUGUGGCGCCAUACCGCCGCGUCGUCGCAUUUCCAUGUACCGCGCCGUUGCCAUUUCCUUUUUUAGCAACAAGAACGUGUCCACCGAUUUGUUCGAGGGCACGUUUAGGUUUAUAAAUGCAUCGGAAUAUGAAAUCGGCAUACCCAUUGCGGGAUCGCCAUGUUCCUACACGAUAACGCCGAGCAUGAGUGUGAAUAAAACCGGCACGCUCAUAUCGCCAACCUAUCCAGGUGCCUAUCCGAAGGAUAUGUCGUGCACAUAUCAGUUUCUUGGUGAAUCGAAUCAGAGAGUUAGAUUAGAGUUUCGUGAUUUUGAUCUAUUUUUUGGUGGACCACACUGCCCAUUUGACUAUGUGAAAGUGUACGAUGGUCCAGACAAUUCGUCAGCAUUAAUCGGUACAUAUUGCGGACAGCAAAGAAACUUAGUUUUGUAUUCGAGCGAGUCGAGCCUUUUUGUUCAUUUUUAUACGUUACCGCGCACCGCAAAUACCCAGAAUCGUGGCUUUAAAGGAUUUUAUGAAUUUAGCGAGGGUUUUGUUAAAUUAGAUUUUAUACGUGAAAAUGAUGGCAUUCACAUACGUGGCUCAGAAUGUGAUCAAAAGAUUUUAUCGAAGAAGGAGUCGACUGGCUUUGUGCUCUCCCCCAACUAUCCCUAUCCCUAUAUACCAAAAACUGUAUGUAGAUAUUUCAUCUAUGGCAUGCAGGAUGCCCAGCAUCUGGAGCGUGUGCGCCUCGAGUUUACCAGUACUUUCAACAUACCCCAAGUAAUGCACAAGGACAAGAGCGAAUCCAACUGCACGGAUGGCUAUCUGAAGAUCUAUCUGAAGGGCCAGGAGACGGCCGACGCGUACGACAAGUUCGACUACGAGCUCUGUGGCAACGAGACGCAGCGCGUGAUCAGCGAGGGGCCGCGCCUGGCCAUGGUCUUCAGCUCGGGGGAGCUGCAGGGCCGGGGCUUCAAGGGCAAGUACACCUUCGAGACGGAGUACAAGAUACCCGGCACUGCGGCUCCGGACGGCACCUGCAGCUUCACGUACGUGAGCAGCUCGAAGAAGCGCGGCGAGCUGAACAGUCCGCGCUACCCCUCGAACUAUCCGUCGGACACGAACUGCUCGUACCUGUUCCUGGCCGAGGCCAACGAGCAGGUGACCAUUGUAUUCGAUCACUUCAAGAUCAAGGCGGACAACAACGCGAAUGCCACGGCCGGUGCAUAUGGGUCGGGCGCCUGCUUUGAGGAUUGGCUGGAGAUGUAUGUCGUCUAUCGGGACAACAACGAUCGCCUGCUGGGCCGCUACUGUGGUCUGACAGCACCCGGACCCGUCGAGAGCCCCCGGGGUGCUGUGGGGCUGCGCAUCACACUGCACACGGACCAGGAGAGCGUGGCCAGCGGCUUCAAGGCGCGCUAUUUCUUCGAGUCUGCCAAGUCGGAUGCCGGCGACUGCGGCGGCAACUUCAGCAACGAGGACUCGGGCAUCAUCACCUCCCCCAACUGGCCGGCGGGCUACAAGGCGCCCGGUCGCGGCCUGGCCUCCAAUGCCUGCAAUUGGGUGAUGACCGCCCGACCCGGCUACAAGUUGUCCAUUCACUUUGAGCAGUUCGGCCUCGAAGGGGAUCCAGCAAAUCGCGGCUGUCCUGCGGCUGUGCUGAGGCUGUGGAUGAAUGUCGACUCUGACCAACCGCCCAUGGAAUUGUGCGGCGAGAAGCCGCCCAUCGAAUACUGGCACUACACCUCCACGGGCCAGACGGCACGCAUUAGUUUCACAACCAGCGACAAGACCGUAGGUGCCCAGGGCUUCCGCAUUGUGUGGACUGAGAUACAGGACUCGGGCCCGGGCCCGCCAUCCGUGGGCCUGCACUGCGAGUCCACCUACCACUUCCAGUGCGGCGCUGGCUACUGCAUCUCGGACAAGCUGCGCUGCGACGGCGUCAAGAACUGCGGUCCCGGCGACGAUAGUGACGAAUUGCACUGUACCACGGAAGCGGCCGAGGCGGAUCACGACGUUCUAAUUAUAAUAACACUAAUCGUCGUCUUGUCCCUAAUCUGUCUCCUAUGCACACUCUGUCACUCCAGAAGAAACCGUAGGAACCAUGUGCGCCAAUUGGGCCUGCAUCGGAAUGCGCACUACGACUCACAGACCAGUGCAACGGCGGGUCUCAGCUCCAGUCGGAGGCAUUUGCAGAGUGGCGGGGCUAGUAUAGCGGGCAGUUUGCAUGGCAUCAACAGCGGUAACCUGAUCAUACCACCAGCCCCAUUGCCGCCGACGAGCGUGCCACCGCCGCCCCACAUAUGCAUUGCCGGCGUAGACAUGGGACACGGCCUGAUGUCCAACGGAGAGGAUGACGACGAUGAUGAUCUGGACUUGGACGAGGACGAUCUGGUCGCGGACAUAUUCAUCAACGAUGUGCAUUUCGAUGAGGACAACAUCGAUCAUGUCAACCAAAUGGCGAACGUUUAACGAUGGUUUAGAGCAUUUUUAGGCAUUUUUAUCGUGACUUUCAGUUUCGGUUUUAAGACGCAUUUAGACUAAGGCUAACUAGGUAAAUGGCGAACAGAGCAACUUUGCAGAGCAAGUGAAGUAGUUUUACAUAUAGUACACAGAUACACUGCAGAACACAGAUACACUCGGACACGUGGUCGAGCCAAGGAGACAAGAUAAACGACAGAUAAACUGGACAGAACAGAACAGAAGCAGAACAGAAGCAGAAACAGUAAUUCAAAAGUUAACAAUACCUAAAAGACAAGAAAUUAUGCAAAAAUGCGAAUUGAUUAAGACAUAUAUUUAAUGAGCGAGCGGAGGAUCUAUAGAGGUAGUAGGUAUUAGAGGAUGAGGAAAACGAUGACGCUAAAUAAGUACAGUAGGGCGAUCAUAUUGUAGUUGCGAUUAACACGAUUAGCGAGGCGCGCGUUUCAAUAGCAGAAGAAACCGAAGGAUGGAAAGAAUAGGAAGGAUGGGAAGCAACAAACAAAUAAUAGCUACAUUUAAAUAUACUAUAUUAUACACAUAGCGAAAUACGUAUGGCGCAUGGAGAGAGCGCAGGGCGACAGACGGACAGAUGUGUAAAAAGCGAGAAGUAGAGGAAGUGGAAGUGCCGGAAGUACGAUCAUUUUCAUAGCCACAAGAGACCGCAGACAAGGGGAAAACCAAACAAAAAACAAAAAAAAAAUAAAGUUGUUGAUUUUUAUAUUUGAUACGAGUAAUAUUUAGGUGAAGCAUAAAUUGAAUUAAUUAUACAAAAAGCGAGACGAUGAGCGUUAGCGCCAAUAAAUGAAUACACAUUCUCGCGAACCAAAAUCGAUAGAUAAAACCAAUACAGAAUAGAGGCAGCAGCAACACACUAAAGGGCAUAAAACAAUAAUAAUUAACUACCUAAUCAUAUGCGCAUGACAUGACUCCUUAUUUACACAUUUUGUACGUACAAUACAACAAAAAUCUUCGACACUUGAAGCUACACAAAAAUCAAACAUACAACAAACAAAAAACAAAAAACAAGAACAAGAACCGCAGUGGCGAGAGGUGGAGAAAUGCAUAAAUAAAAGAAUUAGUGACUAUCAAAACUGUAUCUUCCAGCAAAGAGUAAAAGCGCAGAGUUAAAUAAUGCUAGAUCGAGGAGUUUAUAAGCGAAGGAAAUUAAAUAAAGCAUUCAUUAGCGGCCCCAAAAAUGGUAAAUAUUUAAUGGUAAAUGGAUUCGAGAAACGGAAAUGGGUUGGAGAUAAAACGGGAUAAAUUCAAAGAUUUUUGUCUAUUUAAGCACAUUUUUAUAAACAUUUAAGGCGAACAAAAUAUUUAUAAAAAUGUAUACGCUAAAGGGAACGAUAAUAAUAAAAUAAAUUAUACAAGAAACUAAACUAAAAUGAACUAAACACAAAUACAAAUCCAAAUACAAAUCGAGGAAUCAAUUUCAAUUUAAUUUCUAUUUCGCCAAACCAUGAUUUGGCAAUCGUUUACAUCCAACUAUUAUUAUAUUAUAGUGUUCAUUUAUUGUAUGGUAAUUAUUUUUAUAUUUAUGUGUAUAUUUUAAGGUUUCGUUCAGUCAGUUUCCUCCGUUUUGGAGCUCUCAAUCGAUAGUAAAUUCCCUAAUGUUUCGUAAAGUAAAAUGAAUAAGUAUUGGUUUCAUAGCGCACGUACGUUUUGCAACAGAAAGCAUUCGAAAUUAAAGAAAAUGGCUUAAAUCAGCGAAGGAAACAUAAAACCGUUUAACGUAAAAACCAUUUAUAAUAAACGUAUGUAGGUGUUACAAAUGCUAAAUUAAUAAAACAAAAAUAAAUAAGUAAUGAGUAAAACAGAAAGUAAAUACAAUUACCUUGAGGAAGUAAAACGUUGUUAAAUUGUUGCAUUAAAAGCGCAUAAUGAUCAAGUAAAUCCUAAGAAAUAAUUCGUAUAAAAAACUUUAGUUUAAGUGUACAAAUUUUGUUGUUGUAUUGCAUAAAACCAAAUAUAAAAAAAGGAGGAAGAAACCCAGAAACAAACAAUUCAAUUAGUUAAUAAACAAAAUCGGAAUUUGUGUUUUAGCAAUAAAAAUUACAAAUAAAUUAAAAAGGAAAUAGUACUAAAGCAGAAAACUAAUGAAAAACGCAAAUAAAAUGUUCGAGAAAGCAAGCCCCAAUGAAACCUA